UUGGAGAUUGUUUUAUAAUACCAAUACACAUGUAUUGCAUCAAAAUUCAGUUGAAUACUUUUUUUAAUUUUUAAUUUUUUUUUUUUAUAUAUAUAUAAAAAAGAGGAAGUAGCUCAUAUUUAGUCUGUCGUGUAGCUACUUUCUUUGCAGGGUAGCUUUCCUUUUAGCUACAUUUUUGGGUAUCUUGCCAACACUGCUUAAAACAUAAUUUCUGAUGACCUCUGUUGAGCAGCUGUACAGCAGCUCGUGAUGCUCUAGUGGUGACCGCUCGCGCUGCAUCUUCACCACAGCUGCACAGCGCACACUGCAUCAGUCACCGCGAGCGCACACAACCCUCGUCUUCGGACCGCGGACACCACAGCGAAACUGGAGCAAACAGUUCAGUAUCCUCCGCCGAGCCAGUGGACCGGGACCGAAAGGCAACCACCACCGUGGACCGAUGAACUCGCAGAAAUGUCCCGGCAUAUCUACACCCGACACGGGAUAGGCGAUGGGGUCCAGAAGCCGAUUUUUCAGGUGAACAGAGGCACUUACUCACGGCGCAGUCGACUUAAGAGGUCCGACGGCAGUACGACAUCGACCAGCUUCAUCCUCCGCCAGGGUUCCGCUGAUUCCUACACUAGCAGACCGUCUGACUCAGAUGUCUCUCUGGACGAGGAGCAGGGCGGCAGGCAGGAGAAAGAACAACAGGCCGCCGUUCAGCUGGAAAGAGCAAAGGCCAAAGCAGUGGCCUUCGCUGUGAGGACAAACGUCAGCUACUGUGGUGCCCUCGAUGAGGAUGUCCCUGUCGCUGGCACUGCCAUUUCCUUUGAUGCAAAAGACUUCCUUCACAUCAAGGAGAAGUACAACAAUGACUGGUGGAUUGGGCGACUGGUGAAGGAAGGUUGUGAUAUCGGUUUCAUCCCCAGUCCCUUAAAACUGGAGAACAUUCGCUUACAGCAGGAGCAAAAAAGGGGCCGCUUCCACGGGAAGUCCAGUGGGAACUCCUCCUCCAGUCUGGGAGAAAUGGUGUCAGGCACCUUCAAGCCCAACCCUGCUUCUGCAGGUAAACAGAAACAGAAAGUGGCUGAGCACAUUCCUCCAUACGAUGUGGUCCCUUCCAUGAGGCCGGUGGUCUUAGUUGGCCCAUCACUUAAGGGAUAUGAGGUGACAGAUAUGAUGCAGAAAGCACUCUUUGACUUUCUGAAACACAGGUUUGAAGGCAGGAUAUCAAUCACAAGAGUAACCGCAGAUAUCUCUUUAGCCAAGAGAUCUGUGCUGAAUAACCCUAGUAAGAGAGCCAUCAUUGAGAGAUCCAACACCAGAUCCAACCUGGCGGAGGUUCAGAGUGAGAUUGAGCGAAUCUUUGAAUUGGCCAGAUCCCUUCAGCUGGUUGUGCUGGACGCCGACACGAUCAACCAUCCAGCCCAGCUCAUCAAGACUUCUUUAGCUCCCAUUAUUGUCCAUGUCAAAGUGUCUUCUCCCAAGGUAUUGCAACGGCUGAUCAAAUCACGUGGGAAGUCUCAAAGCAAGCAUUUAAAUGUACAACUGGUGGCAGCAGACAAAUUAGCUCAGUGUCCUCCAGAAAUGUUUGACGUAAUUUUGGAUGAGAACCAACUCGAGGAUGCAUGUGAACAUCUGGCUGAAUAUCUAGAGGCCUAUUGGCGCGCAACUCACACUUCCCUCAGCACUCCUCUAAACCCUCUGCUGGGCCGCAACCUGGGCUCCACUGUGCUGUCACCAUAUCCCACAGCCAUCUCUGGACUACAGAGCCAAAGAAAUAAAAACAGCAAUCACAUCAGCGACAACUCUCCAAUGGAGCGACGCAGCUUGAUGACUUCCGACGAGAACUACCACAACAACGAGCGGCAAAAGAAAAGUCAUAACCGCCUGUCCUCCAGCUCCCAGCAAAGUCGAGACCACUACCCUCUUGUAGAGGAGGACUACCACGAUCCCUAUCAAGACGCGUACAAACCUCACCGCAACCGUGGCUCCCCCGGGGGCUACAGUAACGACUCGCGACACAGACUCUGAACAUUCAAACCACUACAGCUAGAGCUAUGAGAGAACUCUCAUGUAAUUUGUCUAAGCCCUUUCUGAAAAUGCAGUGCAUUGCGUUCACUCUGGCACAGAUUUCCAUCUAUGAGCCAUCUUAACUAAAGCCAAAAUCCAAGCACCCAGUCCAUCUAUGUAAGGCAGUUGUUUGCAGCCCAUGAGCAUCUUUGUCAGGCAGUUGGGGGUGCUUAUUUUAUCUGCAAUGGAUAAGAUGCUCUCCUGAAGGAGUGAGAACUAUAGCACCAUCUGGUCCAUCCAAUUUCUCCUAGUUGAGGCCUAAGCUCUGCAUCUAAUUGCUAACCAAAGCCCUGCAACUGUCUAUAUUUGCAGGACUCUUUGUGGUGGCAUGCUAAUUUUCACCCUGAACUAGUGCCGGCAUGCAGAAAUGCUCAGCGGUGCCAACAGCCAAUCAGCACAGAGCCUUUUUGCACGAUUUCAGUAGCCAAUGCAUUCACUGGUCUGUUUCUUCCUGUCUUAGUAUAUUUUUGGUGGUAUCCUCUUUUGCCCAGACAGCCUCAGGUAUGGAGCACAAAACUUCAUAGGUGCCAAAAUCCAAGAGUUUCUUUUCCCGUGGUCUAUUUUCGUAAUGAUGCUAUCCACAGACAGUGUCAACAGACACUUUUCAAGCAGAAUACAAAAUAUUGAAUACAGAAUACAAAAUGUAUCCUUUUAUACACACCAUAAUGCCUAUAGUUCGCUCAGCGCUUUCCCCAGGCCUACAUGUGAGAUGCUAUUGCAAAGAAAUUAUGACAGAAUAACCGUAUCAGGUGGAUUUAUCACUUUAACCUACUAUAUUACUUGGUUGGAAUAGUAAAUUUUCAGAUCAUGUUUCACCCAAAAAUCUAAAUAAAUCAUGAAAUAAUUCAUUAUAUAUAUAUAUAUAAACAUAUCAUAUUAUUCAUAUUCUACGUUCUGACACUGAAAUAUGUGGCAGCAGAGUGGAGAUACAUUCUGUCUCAAAGUUCCCCUGUCCUAUUAAUCUUUACGAAACAGUCAUUGACUAUUAUGACUACUACUAAUCUUAAACUAUUUAGUAACCAAUAGUAUAUUGGUUGCUGUAGAAGGUACUGAGUAUUAGAUUUAAAAUUAGACUUUAGAAAAACUAAGAUACAACGUACAAGCUGUAAAAGGAAAUGCAUUGUUUUGUCACGGGUUGGCACGCCGAGAUGUAGGAGUAGCAGAAUAAACUGUCAUUAUUUUGAAUAUGUAACACUCAGGAGAUCGCAGAAGAAACAUAGGAGAAAUAGCAAACCAAAUGUAAUCCAUAAACGAGAACCAACAAAGUAGCGAACUGAAACGGGAGUAUACAUACAUCGCAAACAUAGCGAUACACAGGUGAUAAUAAUAUGUAACCAAGAAAACAAAUGAGGACGUAAUCAAUAACCAAGGAAACUGAAACUAAGCAGUGCAGGGAAACAGGAACUAAAGGAAAUGAACCAGAAUAUCAAAAUAAUAGUGAACAUACACCUGACAUGUUUGUAUUUUCUUUUUUUUUUGUGUGUGUGAAAGCUUUAUGUGUAAAACAUGUUUUCUUGAAUUCUUUUCAUCAGGCCUGUUUGCAAAAAGCCGUUAACACAUUGUAUUUCUACAUUGUGAUGUGAAGUGCUCAGAUGAACAAAUCAGCCAUUCUGCCUUUGCAUGUGCAAAACUACUUGGCUGUGCUGAUGGUUUAUGUGAUUGACUUUUUUUUCUAAUUUCUUUCUAUUGUAUUUGACAUUUGUCCAUCUCAUUGUUAUAUGUCAUUUUUUAUUCGAUGAAAAACUCUAAAUGAUGUUUCAUUGUGAUAAACGGCUCCAGACAAUGCUUCUAUUUGAUGUUAUUUAAAUGUUGUCUGGAUCUUGACAUUUGCAUUUUUCUCCACUCGUUUCUUGGUAUUACAAAUCACAGCAGUUCUGCGAUCUGACUUGAUUACUUUAAUUGUGUUGUGUUGUGUGUGCGUUUGUAAUGCACAGAGAGAGAACAAAAGCAGUGUCGAUUCGGUGAUCCUUAUCCUUCAGUGGCUUCAUAUAGUUGAGGUUGAUUGUUAAUACUAUAUGUUUUACAUGUGAUUGGUGUGGAAAUUACUGGAUUUAUUCAGUUUCCAUUCUGCUUUAUGUUCUACCUGUGAGCAGUUAUAUAAAGAGGUAGCUUUGAUAGUAAUAAACUACUGGACUUGCUGUGUGCAGAACCGGUAUGAAAGAAAAUCUGUCUGUUCGUGGGCUAUUUUCAGGAUAUACUGUACGUAGCAUUAGAAAACAUUCAGUAGACGUUUUUCAAACGUUUCUUGCUGGAGUUGAGGGGCCAAUAGAAGUAGUUUGGGUAAAGUGACCUUAUUCUCUGAUCAUCACUGCCACCCCCAUUUCCCCUGCCCACCUCCAUUAUCCAUGUGCAAUAUUUCAUAAACUAUUAUAGAAAUAACACACCAUUUAUUUGUCCUGUUUAAAGCAGGUUCAGUACCACUCUCUGAGUUAUAUAUAAUUGGGUUAAAUUCGGGAUCUUAUUGGACUAACAGUAUUGUUAGGAAGUUAUUUAUAGUUAUAAUUACUAUUGACUAUUGAAUCAUAUGCUCUAAAUAACACUUUUGGCAAUUUUAGGAGUGAAUCUAGACAUUUGAGGAUAUUGUCAAAUAACGAAUAGUUAAUAUAUUUUGUUUUCUUUCCAGAUGUACAUAAUUUUUGCAACUUUCUUUCUUUGUAAAGAAACAAAUUUUGUUGCAUAUCCCAUAAUUACAUCUCAAGGUCCUUUGGUCUACAUUUUAAAUCAUUUUUUGGUGUCAGUAUUGUAGCCAACACUCAGGACCACCAUUGCUUUUUAAUUUCAGUCAAGACAUUCCCUGUUAUUAACUUUAUGCCUUAACUUUUUUAAUAAGGUAGGGUUUGUUUGUUUUUUCAACUUUUGCAAACAGAAAGUUUCUUCCUGUGCCACUUUUUGAGCGCUCUGUGGAUUUAUUUAAAUGUGUGUUAAGCAUAUUCAUCCUAUAUUUAUUUUUUAAUGCCAUUCUGUAUGUGAUUAAAUUGCUCUGACUUAAUUCAUUUUGUAAAAACAAACAAGCAAACAUGUACUUCCUAUAAUCACACCACUACCCCGGUAAAACGAGUUUCACUGACUUUCCAUCCUGAGAAUAGAUUUUUUUUUCCUCAGUGAAAAUUCUGAUUCAUGCAAUAGCAUGUUGGUAAAGGAUGAUGAGAAAUGAAUCCAAAAUAAAUGCUAUUUACUAUGCAAAUGUGUA